UAAACCUAAUCGCGGGAUUUGGAGAACAUCCGUCGGCGGGAAAGAGAGCUAGACGGAGUCGAGAAGGACGACGCCACCGCCAUCGACCGGAAUCCAUCUUUUGGAUUUCCUAUCUCCUAUUUCUCCAGAAAACCCAGGGCAAGCGGAGAGGAUGAUAAAAGAUAAGAGAGGGAUAUUGCUUAAUGUGGGUUGGUUUGCGCUGGGCUACUCAUCCGUCAGUACGUGGGUGGUUGAGCAUGUCUAUAAGGAUCUUCUUCUUGAACGUUAUUUGUUCCAUACUGAGUUGAAAUCGAAAAUUAGCUCACUGAAUGGCAGACUCUCUAGACUUGAAGCUGACCUUCAAGACAGCCCCAAACAGCCUCAGGGUGGUGUCAGGGAGACAUUUAGGAGGUGAAGGACUGAUCUAUUCGGGGAAAUGAGUUCUAUAUGAUGAUGUGAAUUGGCCGGGUCGAAUAUAUUUAUCUAGACUAAGACCGAGUUUAUGCUGAUGAGCUAUGUAUAUAUACCAGACCUUCAUCCAAACCGAAAAAACGAGGUCUGAAGGCGGGGUUUACAUUCAUACAUUGAGCUUUAACUUGCCCUUAAAAGAUAUUAACAAUUGAAAUGAGGAAUGCUAGGGGUACACCAU